AUGAUAGAUGUUGACAUCGAUAUCGAUAGCGAUAACGAUGAUAAGAAAGGAGGUACUAGGGAAAAACUCUCUUCAUUCGGCAAUGACGAUGAUUUACCAGGGGUAAUCCGAAAGCUUGGCACGAACAUGGGUGAAACUCAAUCUGUCGUCAUUUGGAAGUUAUUAUUGGUCAAAAUGUCUCAGUCCCCGGAAAAAGGCUUACAUGGACUAAACCUCUUUGAAUUUAAUUGA